CAGCUGAUCUCAGGCGCUACUGCAACUGCUGCUGUUCAGGCCACAGAGCAAGAAGCUGGACAGCGUCUUAACGGAUAGAACAAAAUGCCAGAAGAGAGCAGAGAGAGGAAGAGAUAAAGGAAAGAAGAAGGAAUUGAACUGAACUUUUAAAAAGAACACUGCCGUGGAUGAAAUCACAGGUACAGACUCGUAAAAACUUGCACACGGGAAAGUGCAUUGAUGACUGGAAUCAUUACUAGCAAUCCUUGAAUGGACAAAAGUGCAGCUGGAGGUCAGCGGCAGUGUGAUGCCAAUUUUACAGAAAGGACUGUUACCAAGAAAAUUUAAUCUAGACUCAUUUGGGGAAAAUUGACGCAGAGUGAAGACCAGUUUGGCUGAAAAAUAGCCUCCUGGGACCAUUCUUGUUGUACUCGACAGAUCCCUGUCUUGUUUGCCAGCAAGGUGAGAUAAAAUACUGUUGUCUACAGCUACAUCAACUGGACUGUCACCUGGAAAUCUGACAUUUUGGACACCGCAAGACUAAAGCCACCCUCUCUUCGGAGAGCUGUCACUGUUGAGAUGAUUCAUAACACCCUAAAAUCCACUCAGCCAUCAGAACACAGCCCCAGGAGCACACACUCGGCAGCACAAAGGAGGCUGUGGAGAUACUCGGGCUGCAGAGGGGCCGGCCAGGUAGAAAAUCAGCGUCGCAGUGUGUGCGUGCUGGCUGCGGACUUGAACACUGGAGACGGAGGAGAGAGAGGAGGAGGAGGAGGAAGAGAAGGUGGUGGUGGUGUGAUGCACACUAUCCACGGGCUGUGUCACCUCUGCAUCGGAUGUAGGCUGCCUCAGGUGACCAUCCUUCGAGGAAAGGAUGGAUAUGGCUUCACCAUCUGCUCGGAUUCCCCUGUGAGGGUGCAGGCAGUUGACCCAGGGGGUCCAGCAGAUCAGGCAGGUCUGCAGCAGUUGGAUACUCUUCUGCAGCUAAAUGGUCAGCCAGUGGAGCAGUGGAAAUGUGUGGACUUAGCCCAUGCUAUCAGAAACAGCGCCAAUGAAAUCACAGUGGUGGUGUGGCGCACCGGCCCCUCAGCUAAGCCUAAUUUUGAGGGCCUCAUUCACCGGCCCUCCUACAAGCCCUCCACCUCAAACUAUGAUGCCCCCUCGCCCCCCACCCGCAGGCGUGUUCCAGAUGUCGGCACAAGCAAAACCCCCCCAGCUGUGCCACCUCUCCCAGCCCACCACCGUGCCGCUGCCAGCCGCAGGCUGCUGGUCAAUGGCUCUGAAGCUGGAAAUAGCAGCGGUGUAGGUGUAGGGACCCUUGGGUGGGGGGCCCAGGGGGGAUCAGCCGAGGAGCUGGACGGGAAACCGCGACACCUUCACCACCCACACACUGCUACACUGAAGGGCACCAGGGUGAAGGCAUCUAAUGGGGACAACUACAUCAUCCUGGCCCCCAUCAAUCCUGGAAGCCAGAUCUUGAGGCCUGUUUACCAAGACAACCAGGGAACAUUAGCUGCCAGGUUAUAUCCCGCACGGCAGGCCUCCGGUCCACAGAGCCAGGGUGGUGGUGGGGGUGCUUUUUCUGGAGGUAUGAGUAGUAGUAGUGGUGGAGGUGGUGUGGGUCUCUCCAGUCGUACUGGCUUCCUACGUCGGUCCAACAACUCCAAGACAACAAAGACAGCGUCCACCUCCACUAAUGCCCCCAACUACCAACAGCAGAAUGCCAACUUUGCCAAUUACCAGAACUGUACCAUCGUCCGCUCACACACUCCACAUGCCAACUACGGAUAUGUUAAAGUGGCACCCAAGAUCCUUAUCUUCCCCAUCUUUGUUCAGCCUCUUGACCUGUGCAGCAGAGCUCUCAUCAUAUCCGAGGAGAUGAUACUGCAUGAGAGCAAGCACCACUCUCUAAAGGUUACAGUAUUCGUCUACAGCGACCUGAUGCUGGUGACUCGAGAAGAUGAGCCAGGCAGGUGUAACGUCCUUCAGAGUCCUCUGUACCUCCGACACCUGCGGCUCCAGGACGAUUAUGCUGAAGAACUGCGAUUCUACCUUAUUCACAUGACAGAGACGUGUGACUGCCUGCUCAGCCUGGAAGCUUAUUCAGCUGACCAGAAGCGCCGCGUGUGUCAGUGCCUGAAGGACAACAUUGACAAGCAGCUCCAGCUUCACAGGAGGGAGCCCCCCGUUCAGCAUUUUGAACAGAUGUUGGAGCCUAAGGUGGAUGCCCCCUCUUGUGAGCUGGGCGGAGUAGCGGGAGAUCGAGGAGGUGUGUGCCUCCACCUGCCCCCACGUGGUUCAGAGGGUGAGGAAAGUAGCCUGUAUCCCUCCAGCCCCUCAGAGCCCCCAACCCUGGGCAGUCCUCACCCCUCAGAGCCACUCACCCCUUUGGAUGAGGUUUACAUGCCCCUCGGAGGUCUGGUGGGAUCUGAGGAGCGGCAUAAGGUGCCCCCCACACCGCCUCCUUCCACCGAGGGUGAGGAUUGCAAGAGUAUGGAGGGAAACGAGAUGGAGAUCUGGAGAGAGGGAAAGGAUGUGGAGAAAAGGAGAGAGGAAGAUGAGGAGGAGGAUCGGGCCAGCAGAAAGAGUGCUGGAAGUGAGGGGGAAGAGAAAGAAUAUGAAGGAGAGUACGAAGGAGACAGGAAUGAAGAGGAGGUCAACCUAAACCUGGUGGUGUCAAACACAGAUGAUGACAACGCCUCGGAGCCGCCUGACACCAACGCUCCCCCCUCCUCCUCCUCAUCCUCAUUUGUCAUCCCUGAGCUGCGCCUUGAUCGCUCCUUUAGUGCCGACGCCCUCUCCUCACCCAACACUGACGAAGAAGAGUACGAUGAGGAUGACGACGAGGAGUCCGAAGACGAGGACGAUGAAGACGACAGCGAUGAUGCCUACCUGCAGCGUACUGACAGCAAGCGCCGGAGCAUGGUGGAGGGUGCCACCUGUGAGAAACACGGUGGAGGAGGGCUCAGCGUGCAGAAUUCUCUCCGCAGACGCACCCACAGUGAAGGGAGCCUCCUGCAGGACCCCCGCACAACGUGUUUCACCUCCGACAAUGCCAUCAACUGCUUGGAGGUGGGGGGAGCGCACCACAAGGGUGGCUGGACACUCCCAUCACCCAAAACCCUGAAGAAAGAACUGACCAAGAAUGGAGGCUCCAUGCAUCAGCUGUGUAUGCUGUUCUCUGGAAGGAAGCUGAGCUCCGGAUCCCCCUGUAGCUGUGAGGUUGGCCCCGAAGGGACAAAGAAGAAGAAAUCCAAGAACCUGGCCAAAGACAUGAAGAAUCGACUGGCUUUCCUGCGGAGGAGGAAUGAAUCCCCAGGAAGCAACCCAGCCAGCAAGUUAGACAAAUCUAUGAAGUCAGUCAAGCCCACCCCGGAGGAGGCAUUAAAAUGGGGGGAUUCGCUUGACAAGCUGCUGGCACACAAAUAUGGUCUGGCAGCGUUCAGAGCUUUCCUGCGCACAGAGUUCAGCGAGGAGAAUCUGGAAUUCUGGCUAGCAUGUGAGGAAUACAAGAAGAUUAAGUCGCAGUCCAAGAUGGCUUCAAAAGCCAAGAAAAUCUUUGCGGAAUACAUCGCUAUCCAGUCUUGUAAAGAGGUAAACCUGGAUUCAUACACCAGAGAUCACACUAAGGACAACCUGCAGAAUGUGACACGCUCCUGCUUCGACCUAGCGCAGAGGCGGAUAUACGGGCUGAUGGAGAAGGACUCAUACCCCCGCUUCCUUCGCUCAGAACUCUACUUGGACUUAGUCAACCAAAAAAAGCAGAGCUCCACUUCGACUUCAUCUUCGUCAUAAAUAAGAGACCAGAAAAAGGAGGAAUCACAGAGAAAGAGAUGAUGACGAUAGAAAAAAAAAGGGGCAGACUUGAAAAAAAAAGUAGAGUGGGUGGGUUUGGAUGUGAGGUUCUAUGUUUGCCUUUUUAAUUUUUUUUUUGUGUGUCUGUCAUAUUGUCCACUAUGUUUUUUUCUUUUUUGUUGUUGUUAUUAUUAUGGUGUGAGAGGACGCGGCAAAGCUAUAGGCACUGCAAAGGAAUGUAGUUUACACCGUUACAAGGUGGAUGGAUGAAUGGAUGAACUGAUGAAUGGAUGGAUGGAUGUUACUAAAAAUACAGAAGCCCCAUGAGCGAGGGCUGGAGCAGGAGCUGGACGCUUGUCUGAUCACUGUUGCUUUUUUUUUUUUUUUUUUUUUUUUUUUUAAGUGUCAGUCUUUUGUCAGAAAAAAAAUGACAAACAGUUUGUGUUUUUAAGUUUUUGUCCAGUUGUACUGGAGAAAAGGAGGGGUUGCUCAGAAAACCCUGCAGACACGAAGACAGUCCGGUACUGUUUUGUCACUUGUUUCUUUGAUUUUUCUUAUAAAACUCCCCACUUUUAAUCCCCCUCCUUUCCUCCAACCACGUCCUCUGUGAAGCCACUUCAGUCUGGCUAUGCAAGACUACUUCAAAGCUGUUGGUACGACACAAAGUCCUUUUUCUUCGUGUUUUUUCUUUUCAUCAGGCUCCAAACUCUGUGGGAGGGAGGAAAAAAAAAAAACAAAAAACCAAGAUGAUGUCUGAAUGAAAACUAGCGUCGUGGCUCUGUUUCACAUGCAUUACUUCUGCAGAAUGAGAACACGCACCUCUGUUAAACCCUGCAUCCACUCGAAGCUUCUAUAAACGGCUUUCACCUUAUUCAGUUCAUCCCAAGACUGUGGAGAGAUACUGUGAGCAUUCAACGGGGACAAAGACGGAGACAGAGAUUGGCGAAGAACACAAAUGUAUAAAUAACGGAUGGACUGGAGCUGUGAUGAAUCACAGAUAUAUGUGUCACUCUCACAUUAAAAGACAUUCAAAAGUCACAUUCAAAGCCAGAGAUGGAAAAAAAAAACAAAAAAAAAAACAAACGAGGACUUGCUUCCUGUCUCCAGAGACUGUUUACAACAAGGAACGGAAACUCAAGAAGAAAAAGUAAAAAUGUUCGUGCAGCCAAACGACAUUUCCUUUUAACAUUGUAGCUCAUUCUGGACUAAUCGAGGAAGCGUUCUCAGGACAUUGCUAUGACAGGUUCCAAGCUUGGUUUAUCUCCUCAACUGUUUCCAUUUUUCUACACUUUCACUGUUUUUAUAUGCUUUAGGGUUCCAACCUGCACUCCCUUAGUUCUCCUGAGCAAUACGCGAGAGGUUGCUCGUCUCAUAGUCAGAGGGAAAAAAAUGGCUUCAUGUUGUAUAAAGGUUUGCCUAUUUAUUUAGAUUAACUCGCUGGAUGCUUCUACACACACCCUCACCUCCUCCAAAGCACUCAGCUAAAAGCUCUCACUUUCCCUCUUAACCACCAAACAGGUCCAAUGCUGUCCUGAAUUUAAGUGCAAUAUUUUUUUAUUUUUUAUGUUAUUUUAUUAUUAUUUUUGGUUUGUUCAUUUAUUUGAAUAAUUUAGAAUUUUUAUGGGGAAGACGAAUGGCUUGAGCUCUGUAUUAACUUUAUUUGUUAAGAGAGAAAACAAAAAAACUUAGAGCUAUAAGGUUGACUUACAACGUAAACUUUCAAGAACCAUAAGUAGUUUAAUGAAUUUUAAGCAAGUGAUUCUAACUGUGUGUUAACCCCCGGCAGCAGGCAGCUGGGGGAGUUAUGGUUGUAAAUAUAAUUCUUUAAGAAAACUAUGUGAUAACACAUUAAAAACAAACAAAAAUAAAAAACCAAUAGGUCUGUGCUGGUGAUGAAUGUGGGAGCCAGCUGUAUCUAUGUAAAUAUGAGAGACUCAAACUAUAAGAUGACAUGUAUUGUUAAAAAAAAAAAAACAAAUAGGUGAGCAAGAGCAGGUACAAUCUGCUCUUUUCCCUGGUCAUACACUGCUUGUAAGGAGUUUUAUGAAAUGCAUUUUAUCAUUUUCACUGUUUACAAUUCAAAAUGCAUCUCCUAUGAUAGCAAGUGAAAACAGUAGAGUACAUUUGGUGUCAUUGCUAAUGAUAAAUAAACCAACCAACUGAUGAAGCAA